GGGUCCGGAGGGGCGCCCCAGAGGCCCGCGCAGCUCAGCAGAGGCCCGGCGCCAGCGCAGGCCCUCCCCGCUGUCGGCCCGAGGCAGCAUGGUGUGGGGGGCACCAUGGGGCCAGACAGAGUGACCGCCCGCGAGCUGUGCGAGAACGACGACCUGGCCACCAGCCUGGUGCUGGACCCCUACCUGGGCUUCCGCACGCAUAAGAUGAACGUCAGCCCUGUGCCCCCCCUGCGGCGACAGCACCACCUGCGCUCAGCGCUGGAGGCCUUCCUGAGGCAGCGGGACCUGGAGGCUGCAUACCGGGCCCUGACGCUGGGAGGCUGGAUGACCCACUACUUCCAGAGCCGGGGCCCGCGGCAGGAGGCUGCCCUCAAGACCCACAUCUUUCGCUACCUCCGCGCCUUCCUGCCCGAGAGCGGCUUUACCAUCCUGCCCUGUACCCGCUACUCCAUGGAGAGGAAUGGAGCCAAGAUCGUGUCCACGCGAGCUUGGAAGAAGAACGAGAAGCUGGAGCUGCUGGUGGGCUGCAUCGCGGAGCUGCGCGAGGCCGACGAGGGGCUGCUCCGGGCCGGCGAGAACGACUUCAGCAUCAUGUACUCCACCCGCAAGCGCAGCGCGCAGCUGUGGCUCGGCCCCGCCGCCUUCAUCAACCACGACUGCAAACCCAACUGCAAGUUUGUGCCCGCAGAUGGGAACGCGGCCUGCGUGAAGGUGCUGCGGGACAUCGAGCCCGGGGACGAGGUGACCUGCUUCUACGGCGAAGGCUUCUUCGGGGAAAAGAACGAGCACUGUGAAUGCUACACCUGCGAGAGGAGAGGGGAGGGAGCUUUCCGCCUGAGGCCCCGGAAGCCCUGCCCGCCGCAGCCGCUGGACAAGUACCAGCUCCGCGAGACCAAGCGGCGGCUGCUGCAGAGCCUGGGCGGCCGGCUGAGCCCCUGGGCCUGCGCCCACUCGUCGCCGCUGCGCCAGAACCCGUUCUGCGCUGCCUGCCAGCCCCUGCGCCCCCUGCCCUGUGGCACCGGCUCCGAUGCUGCGCCCCUCUGGGUCCAGUGGCUGCCGCAGCCCCAGCUAUGGGGGCGCCCCCGGAGGCGCAGGCGCCCCCCGCCCCGGCGCGCCCCCGCAUCCCCUGUUCUCCGUGCUGCCCGCGUGUCCCUGCACCGGUGGGGAGGCUGUGGCCCCCACUGCCGCCUGCAGGCAGAGGCCCUGGUGGCCCUGGGCGCUGCCCCCCGCACCCGCUGGACCCCCCAGCAGGACUGGCACUGGGCCCGGCGGUACGGGCUGCCUUACGUGUUGCGCGUGGACCUGAGCCACGUGGACCUGAGCCGCGCGGUCCCAGCCCCACCCGCCACUGCCACCCCCAGCCCCGCCCCCGCCAGGCCCCCGGGCCCCCUCCCCAUCCCCAAGCAGGCCCUGGCCUUUGCCCCCUUCUCCCCACCCAAGCGCCUGCGGCUGGUGGUCAGCCACGGCUCCAUCGACCUGGACGUCAACAGCGACGGGCCCUGAGGGGCCGGGCGGGCGCCCGCCUGGCUUCCCCAGCCCCGCGUUCUCGGGACUCACCGAUCUCCAGAAGGAGUGCUCGGGCCUCUAAGAGGCAGCUGACCCUUGACCCCAGCACAGCUCUGACCCGGGGGUGGGGUUGCGUUGGACACCCCCAGGGAUCGGACCCCUGAUCCUUUGUGACUGCUGACCCCUGAGCCACCCCAACCCCAGCAGGGAGCCCUGGCCAUUGCUGCCCCCCGCCCCAGCCUCAGGACUGAAGAUGCCAUUCCCUCCCCGCCACCUUCUCCUGCCCAGGGAGCAAAGCCAUAGGGGUGGGGCCACCCCUGGCGUCUCCCCAGAAGCCCAGCCUCUGGAGGAGGGGGCUGCCUCGGGGGAGACUGUCCCAGGGGGGGUGGGUCUGCUCUCAGCUCUGUGACUGUCUGAGGUGGGGGGCAAGGUGGGGGUGUCCACGCAUCCUCGCCACCCCCGUGGGUCUCAGGGAGGCCGGGUGUGACCUCAUCUUUCUCAUGGUGCUAUCCCUGGUGCUACUGGGGUGUGGGGGCUCCCUCCCCUCCCCCACACCAGAACGGGGUAUGUUGGGGGAUUGGAAGCACUUGAACUUUUUAUUUUAUUAAAACCUUGUUACAA